AGUAAGGGUUCGCGGCGGCCGGGUGUUGGCGGCCGUCAGGCCCCGGCUUUUCGGACCCGGGACCUGGGGACGGAGGAGGGGCCUGUGGGCCGCGCGCGUCCGGGCGUGACUGCAGAACGGGCGGCUCUCGCGGAGGUAAUGAGGAAAAUGUUAGAAGUCAAAGUGCCGAAGGGUGUGGUGAAAAGUGGGCUUCUUGCCUUUCCUUCAGCUUCCUUCAGACCACGCCGUCACCCUCAGAUACUCCGAACUUCCGGAUGCUGAGUUUGUGAAUAAGCCUACCGAGGCUCUCAUCUUGCAGAACUCUCAAGAUCUCUUGUCAAGAGAUUUGUAGUCAGAGCUUUAUGCUGCAUUUUUAUUCAGGAAAGAAGCAGGGAGAGAAGAGUGUUCUUUCCCAGGGAUCCGGCACUGGAGAAACGAGGAAGAUUCUUCCGAGGAUGGUCUCCCAUUCAGAGUUGGGGAAACUCUUCUGUUCCGCAGAUGCAGUGUGCUUUGAUGUUGACAGCACGGUCAUCAGAGAAGAAGGAAUCGAUGAGCUAGCCAAAUUCUGUGGUGUUGAGGCUGCCGUGUCAGAAAUGACACGGCGAGCCAUGGGUGGGGCAGUGCCUUUCAAGGCUGCCCUCACAGAGCGUUUAGCUCUGAUCCAGCCCUCUAGGGAACAGGUGCAAAGGCUUAUAGCUGAGCACCCCCCACACCUGACCCCGGGCAUAAGGGAGCUAGUAAGUCGCCUCCAAGAGCGAAAUGUUCAGGUUUUCCUAAUAUCUGGUGGCUUUAGGAGCAUCGUGGAGCAUGUUGCUUCAAAGCUCAAUAUCCCGUCGACCAAUGUUUUUGCCAAUAGGCUGAAGUUCUACUUUAAUGGUGAAUAUGCAGGUUUUGAUGAGAUGCAGCCAACUGCCGAAUCUGGUGGGAAAGGAAAAGUUAUUAAACUUUUAAAGGAAAAAUUUCAAUUUCAGAAAAUAGUCAUGAUUGGAGAUGGCAUCACAGACAUGGAAGCCUGCCCUCCUGCUGAUGUUUUCAUUGGAUUUGGAGGAAAUGUGAUCAGACAACAAGUAAAAGACAACGCAGAAUGGUACAUCACUGAUUUUGUAGAGCUUUUGGGAGAACUGGAAGAAUAAUAUCAAUUUUUAUACGGUUCAUAAUAACUUUAGGUAAAUUUUUAAGAGUUAUACAGUUUGAUACCAUUUGCUUACAAUUGCUUAUUACAACCUAAUGUAUAGGUUUGGUACUGAUUAUCUGUACUUCCAAGUAGACUACAUAAAAUUGCUCCUUUUUAACUGCAGUCCCAACAUUAUUAUGACCAUUAAUUACCUGGAGAGUUUUAUAAUCUGAAUUCUUUAUGUAUUUUCCUACCUGUAUUUUAUUUGAAACCUUUUAAAGGUGGAUAGUAAAUGAAACACCUUCCCUAUUGGAAAUACGGGGUAGGCAGCUUAUGUGAAUGUUGGUUUUCCCUUUGGUAGGUAAAUAAAAAUUUAUCAUGUAUCAGUA